AUGGAAGGAUCAGGAUCUUACUCUCUUCUGCUUCUCUUUUUGGCCCUUGUCUCAUUGAAAAACUUCAACCUUCUAUGCAGUGCUGCUGAUCCUACAGAUGGUUUCACUCCUGUGCCAUUAACAGAAGCAAAUUUUCAGCUGCAGAAACCAUAUAAUGUAGCGCUAAAUGAGCGAUAUAUUUAUGAAAAUGGAAUUCGCCAUAUGUGGGUCUAUGCUACUGAUAAGCCACAUGACCCUAGUAGUCAGACCCAACCAAGAACUGAAGUUCGCAUUACAGGUCUUGACUAUUCAUCAGGAGUGUGGCAAUUUGAAGGCUUUGGUUUUGUGCCAAAUGGAACAUCAGGUGUGACAGUAGCACAGAUACACGGUGCCUCUCAUGGAGCCACCACUUUGAUACUAAGGAUCUACGAUGGCAACAUGAGGUACUAUAGUGGAGACUUGGUGGCUACUGAUCUUUAUGACAGGUGGUUCAGGCUGAAUAUAAUCCAUGAUGUGGAUGGAGGAAGGGUGACUGUGUUCAUUGAUGGUGAAGAAAAAUAUUCAACCAAAGAUCAAGGGCCUGGAGACCUGUAUUUCAAAUGUGGAGUUUAUGCUGCACCUCGUAAUAUAAGCUAUUACAUGGAAUCAAGGUGGAGAGACAUCAAAAUAUAUAAGAAGUGA